ACUGAAUGAGCUAACCCCCUUGAACAUUCACUCUAUACAUCUUGGGUGUCGGACUGUGCUCCACUGUUUUUCUCUUUCGCUCGUACGCGCAGCGUCAGUCGGUCGGAACUGGUACGCAACAUAACAGGAUUGGUUCUGUCAUCAUCACCUUCCAUGUAUGGUGAUCGCGGCUGCCCCGAAAGCUGCAGCAGAAUUUGGUAAAAAUUGAAGACGAAUUUUGCUUUCCAAAACGCUCGCCAUUCGAUGGAAAACCGCUCCGGUGUUGGCCCAGUGGUGCGGGGAAGUGCGAUCUGGCCGUAGUGCGUGUCUGUGCGUGUGGAAAAAAACAAGUGUGUUCUUUUCAGCGAUUAGAUGGGAACCUGACAGCUUGUUCCGAAAAGACACAGAGAAACAAGUAAUCGAAAAAAAUAAAACAUGAAAGAAGCCGAAAUUUAAGCAGGUCGUAUCCGGUUUGCCCGAAUUGUUCGGCUGAAGCAGCAGCAGCAGUGCCCGCGAUGAUGAUGAUGACGAUGAGUGAUGACGAUGGAUAAAUAGAAUUGUGUAUUUGCAGUACGCCUGAUUGAACAAGCAGCAUCCGGCAGAUUCUUCUGGUGCAGACGGUUCGCGCAGUAGGCCGCGUCGGAUGUUGUCCUUAAAGAGCACAUGCUGCGGCACUUGUGUAGUGGAACAAAUAGUCGAAAAAAUUUAACCGCUUGUGUGUGUGCGCGUGUUUAUGUGUGUUGUUUUAUGUGUUCUUGCGUCCGAGUUUUGCUUUUUCUUCUACGCCUUCAACCUGUACACUGCAGCUGUGCGAUACGCCGUUUUUGUUUUGUUUUUGGAGCAUAAUUCUGACUGACCGACUGAAAUGUAAACCUGCCCUUCCUCGUCGGGACAGUCGAAGAACAUCAGAUGAAACGGAGCUGCUGCUACAAUUUGUACACUAUCAGGUUUGUAAACAGUAACCGGCGCUUCCGAAUCUGGCCCGUGGACAAGAGACUGUACUGGAAUAGCAGAUCGAACCGGGUGUACAGGUCAUCACUCCCCACCCAAGCAGCUUUUAAUAUGAAUUAUUAAAAUGAUGUAAUAGAUCCGGAAAGUGGGUUUGGCUUAACUAUUUUGCUGUGCUGUGCUAGCACACCUAACCGUACAGUAGCGCGCAGUAGCAGUGAACCAACAGGCAGGAUAAUUGAAAAUGGCACCGAGUCAGAAGGUGACGAAAAAAUGGGAAAUAUUUGCCGGCCGGAACAAGUUCUUCUGCGACGGAUAUCUGAUGACGGCACCAAACUCGGGUGUCUUUUACUUUACGGUCAUACUGAUUACCGCUACCAGUGGACUGUUUUUCGUGUUCGACUGUCCAUUUUUGGCACAACGCAUCACGCCCGCCAUCCCGAUCAUCGGCGGGAUCCUCUUCGUUUUCACGCUAAGCUCCCUCUUCCGCACAGCCUUCAGCGAUCCGGGCAUUAUUCCGCGUGCAUCGCAGGACGAGGCGGCCUAUAUCGAGAAGCAGAUCGAGGUGCCGAACUCGCUCAACAGCCCCACCUACCGGCCGCCGCCCCGCACGAAGGAGGUGUUCGUGAAGGGUCAAACGGUGAAGCUCAAGUAUUGCUUUACGUGCAAAAUCUUUCGCCCACCGCGGGCCUCCCACUGCAGCUUAUGUGAUAAUUGCGUUGAUCGGUUCGAUCAUCACUGUCCGUGGGUGGGCAAUUGCGUUGGCAAGCGAAACUAUCGGUUCUUCUACAUGUUUAUUGUCUCGUUGGCGUUCCUAGCAGUAUUCAUAUUCUCGUGCACAACGACUCACAUAGUAAUGUUAUUAAAGGAAGACAACCAGUUCAUUGACGUCGUCAAGCGGACUCCUUCCAGUGUGAUAAUAGCGAUAAUUUGUUUCUGUUCUGUGUGGUCCGUUAUCGGGUUGGCUGGAUUUCACACGUAUCUUACUACAAGUGAUCAAACAACGAAUGAAGAUAUAAAAGGUUCAUUCAGCUCGAAGGGUGGCCAGCAGGCAAUAAACCCGUACUCGCAGGGAAACAUUUGCCUAAACUGUUUCCACAUUCUGUGCGGCCCAAUAACACCGUCGCUAAUUGAUCGGCGCGGUGUCGUUACGGACGAGUAUCGGACGCAAAUGCAGGCGACAGAGAAGUACAACAGUGCCACUGUUCCACCGUUGGUUGUGAUGCAACCGGGAAUGGAUACGCUCAAUAAGCAUUACAGUAUGGAGCAUGAAUUGCAAAACGCAUCGAACGGUGGUGGCGUUGGUGGAACCGGCGUGUACCGGCAGCGUAGCUACGAUAACUUACAAAACGUUCCGAUACCGACCAACUUCAAGUACUUUGCACCGCAGUCCAAGUAUAGUGCUAGCGGGGUCAGCAUAGCCAACGGUGCUGCCGGUGGCGGAGCGUACUGCUACAGCGACCAGAGCCAGCUGCUUGGAUCGUCGCUCGGUGGAGGAAUCUCGCCCUCCACGGUGCUUCUGCGUGGAGGUGGCGGCACGGGAACAAUGCCGCUGCUGAAAAGUCAGUCCGAAUUUCUUCACAACACACAGCACCAACCGCAGCAUCCUUUAACGCCCAGCGCAGGGACCAGCGUUUCGCAGCAGCAUCUGCUGCAGCAGCAGAAGGCGGCGCAUCCGCUGCACACAAUGAGCCUCAACAUGACGCUUCCGCGCUAUCCGUACCAUCGUAACCGUGCGAUCGGCAUCCGCAAGUCUUCGCACGAUCUGCAAUUGCCGAUCUAUCAGCAUCACCCCCUGGAGGAUGGCAAGCAAACGAAUGGGCUCGCUCAUGGUGGAGGCGCCUACAGCGCAGGGCUCUACUGUUUGGGCAAUCUGGGUCCGGGUGGAAACAGCACGAACAGUCUGAACAAUCACUUCAACCCGGCCGCAGCUCCUGGCGCCGCCCCCAUCGUGAUACCGUACAGCAACGGGCUGAUGCUGAAGAAUUCGUCGGCCUCGUCUUCGUCGUCCGGUGGCUCUUCCUCGUCCGCCUCGGCCUCGACCGCUACCAUAUCGUCCAACUCGACGUCCUCCGCUACCUCGUCGCUGGAUCGACGGUGCCGAAGCAAUCUGCUCCCGUCCGGUUCGGGGUCCGGCUCCUAUCUUGCCAGUUACGAUACGAUCACUACGCUCUCUGAUCAGCAGCAGCAGCAGCGCCAAAACGUUGCCCCACACACCUGCCCCAACAGCCCACGGACAAUCCGGUGCGGCAGUCCCAGCUGCAGCAGUGAGCUUGAUCCGAUGCUACACUCGAAGGGUAGCGGUGGGGGUAAGCAGCACGGAAGCGGGGGAUACCAUCGACAUAGACACCACCAGCAGCAAGCAGCAGGCGGAGGAGGAGGAGGAGGAUAUGCGAAAUUCUACCGCAAGCCAUCCUAUCAAAUGAAAUCGUCAUCCUCGCCGACGCCACCGAUGGUGCUGCCGUCGCCCCUGGCCGGGCCCGCAUUCGGUAGCGGUGGACCGGGAGGAACCAAUCCCGUUUCCCCGGCCCUCUCGUUUAGCCAGUUUAGUCCCAGCUUCUGGAGCGCAAACACGUGCGUUUCGUCGAGCAAUCGGAGCAGCAUGCUCAGCACGGCCAGCACGCUGGGCGGCAGCAGCACGCCGUACAUCGACUGUACCAACCACCACGGUCUGAUGAAUGGUAGUGAGGGUGGUGGAAGUGGUGUUGGUGCCGGUGGCAGCGGUGGUGGAAUGGGCGGCCAAGGAACAGUAGCAGGAGGUGGAGGAGGAGUAGGAGUAGGAGGAGGAAUGGGAAGCAGUGCCGGUAAUAACAGUCCAUAAAUCCAACAGUGUGGCGCAUUUGGUCGAAAACGAGGCGCCCCUAUCAACGACCGGGAAUGUUUCGAUCUUAUCGGGUGGUGCCGGCGGUGGCUUAGAAGAUACCACCACCACCACCGUUCUGCUCGACGAGGACGGCAUGGAGCUCGAAACGAGAGGCAUGGGUGGUGGUCCAUCGAUGGACGACUCCAGCAAUCAGCUGACGGGCAGCUACACGAACCUGUUCCGCGACUCGAUGAGCAACGGUGUAGCGAACGGACCGAGCGGUGGAGGGCAGCCGGGAAAGCCCAACAAUAGCUAUCAUCAUCAUUCCAGCAUGAUGAUGAGCGAGUGCGACAAAAUACAGAGUGCCGAUGAGAUUAUCAACGUUAGUGAGCUGAUGAUGGUGUGCAGCGUGAGCGGUCACGAAAAUGUGUACAGCAAUGUGCCGCCCGCUCAAAUCUCGCCGUCCGGAUCGGCGGUCGGUUUGCUGGCGUCGCCCAAGCGGGCCAGCGUGGGCAGCAGCAAUGUGUCGGGCGUCGUGGACGUUUCCAGCUCGACCGUCGGGCCCGGUGGCUAUCAGCACGUAUACUCGAACGUAACUAGCCCGUGCGGGCCGGCCGCUGCCGAACAGCUGCCCACCGGGGUGUCUACGGGGACGGGAGGGAUCAGCGGUAGCCAGCAGCAGCAGCAGCAUAUUCAUCCUGCACUCGGAAACGGCAAACACCAUCAGCAGCAGCAGCAUCAUCAUCAUCCUCAUCAUCCUCAUCAUCAGCUAGCAUUAGACGAUCCAUCACAGCUGCUCAGCUCUACGUUCAUUAGCAACGAUCUCGAUCUGGACGAUCCGGUGCUGUCCAGCUCCUUCGCCACGGCGACCAAAAGCACCGCCAACACGAUGACAAAACUGCACCCACCACCAGCACCGUCCUCAGCCGCUGGUGGGCCGAUGGUGGCCGCACAGCAACAGCAUCUAAAGCAACCCCAAGCAAUGAUUACCACGAUCGAGAUGAAGAACGUCAUCAAAACGCUCGACCCGAAUGUGAUCAUACAACAGCAGGCGUCGUCGAAUGGUUCGAGUGGGGCGACAGCGGCCGUCUCCUCCUCGGCUAAUGUGAUCGAUAGCAAUGGAGGCAUCGCAUCCAUGCACAACAACACCACCACCACCAACAACAACAACAGUCACACCGAGUCGCCGAUGUUUAUUUCACCGAGUGCCAGCCGGAUGCGGCUGCUGCAGGAAUCGACGAUGAUCGAUACAGCGCUCGAUCUGGACAGCUUGGACGGUUCGAUCGGCAACCACUCCCAGUCCUGCCUGGUGAAGACGGCCAUCGUGUAGUAAAGAGCGAGGGGAGGAGUCGGGGUGGGGAGGGGGGCUCCAUGAACAAACCCGUUCCAAAGAUACAUUCCGAUGUGUACUAGAUGCGUGUUCGUGUGUUAACGGGCUACAGGCGACAAUUUGACAGUCUUCUAGUGAACAGGAACAUAGAAGCAGCAUUGGCGAGAUAGUUGCCUCAAGGAAACGACACAAACAUAGCGGUAAGAGUGUGUAGGAUACGCCAAACGACUAUUCCGUGUAGAAAAAAACAACAACCGUCAGGGAAACCUCAACCCGCCAAACCGUUUCCUCCGCCAGUGUGCAUAUUAGAGCUAGACAACCCUCUUCGCCAGUGUACACACACACACACACAUACACACAAACACAUCCCGGGGUACUAGAUGAGUCAUGACGCGGCAGGAACGAUAUGAUAGAGAAAAUUCAAAUGAUAGACCUAUCCAAUUAGCGUAACACGUGCAAAAAGAAAAAAAAAAACAAUAAUUCUAUGCACUAUUCCUUUACUGUG